AUGAGUUCAAAAUAUGAUUUUCUGAAGGAUGUUAAUCCUGCCAAGGAGGACUGGAGGAUUAAGGUGAAGGUGGUUCGGACUUGGAAAGUUCCUAACUUUCAGCGUAAAAAUUUGGAGGACAAUCUUGAAAUGGGUGGUAGGAUCCACGCCACUGUCAAAGACGUCAUUGGUUUAAUCUCAGGAAUUGGGAAAGUUUGUGAUCGUGUGGUUUCUGGUAGGAAGACAAAAAUGGUGGUGUUGGAGCUUGACGACCUGAGUCUCUCGAUUGAUGGUGUGGAAAGUAGUACAAGAAUGACUCAAUUGUCUACUCAGUCAUCCUAUUCUUUCGAAAAUGAUUUUCUUAAGGAGACUGAAAAAAAGUCUAUCAGUGAUGUGAAACUUUGUGUUGAUGUAACUACCUGCAUCACAUACAGGACUAUAAAGGCAAUUGAGAGCAAAUACAACUGGUGGUACAAGUCAUGCAAAAAGUGUCCAUUUUCCGUUUAUGAGAAUUUUGAGAAGUGGUAUUGUAAGAACUGCCAAAAACAUUGGGAAGAUUAUUAUCCGAGAUUUAGUGUUCAGGUCAGAGUUGUGGAUAACACAGAUUCCGCAUCCUUUAUUCUGUUUGAUCGCGACUGUGUGUUUUUGUUGGGAAUGGGUGCUGCUGAAUUGCGCGAGCUGCAUUUCAAGAGGGGUGCCGAUUUGGAUCAAUUUCCAAAUGAGUUAAAUGUUCUGAAUGAAAAGUCAAUGUUGUUCAAGAUAAAUGUUAAGCAAAAGGAUUUGAACACAAAUAGUGAGCCCAAAUAUCAAGUUUCCAAAAUUUGUAUCAGCGAAGACAUAAUCUCAGCGUUCAUUAAGUCUCUUAUAGAUCUAAAUGAUGAAGCAAAUUUCGAUAAUGCACGCGAAAAUGAAGUUGUUUCGUCGGAACUGGAAAAGGCUGCGGAUGUUGAAAGUCAGACCUGUGACAGUGCUGACGUUAGUGAUGUCUCUCUGACGAUGUUGACACCUGUGCUCACUUCUCAUGAUUCCAUUGCUGGAGAAUUUAAAUUUUCAGUUGUUCGGCCGACAAAGAAAAUAAAGCUUGUAAAGGAGUUACGUACUGUG